CUUUGUAACUACUAUUAGGUUGAUCUGCAUUGGAAAAGUUCACAUGUACAGUAUCAUUUUGAUGUUUGCAAGUGCAGACAGGUGCAUCUCUGAGAGGGGAUACAUCUCAAGUUUUUUUUAUAUCUCAUUCUGACUACUUGUGAGACAUCAGCACUUGAACCAACCAAAAGUAUGGCUGAGGGUGGAUAUCCCUCUGUAUUUGUGGUGGACAGCCAUGCCACCCGGCCUCCACUGCCGCCCAGGCUGAACCAGGGUCAACGGCGUACCGGGGCGGUACAGACCUUGCUGUUCUUGCUGGUGAGCAUGGCAUUGUGUGGCAUGGUCAUAGAAGCCUGCUUCAUCUACCGUCUCUACCAACCUGAAUCUGGCACGUCAGCAUUGUCCUCUAAGCUCACUGCAGGUCAACAUGUUGCAUCUCCCACUAAAAGGCCUCAUCGCGUUCAUCCUUCCAAACCGGCUGCACAUCUGACAGAUGGACAAGAUGUAGUUCAUGACGGCAAAAUCAUGGCAUGGAGCAUGGAUGCAGAACCUCUCCUCUACGAAAUGGACUACACUGACAGACAUCUUGUCAUUCAGAAGGAGGGUUAUUACUAUGUCUAUUCCAAGGUUUCCUUCUUAGACUCUGAUUUAUUUUACCACUUUAUUCAUCAGAAAACUAAACUGUACAGUGGGAAAAGUAUUACCCUUCUGAUGUCCAGAAAAUACUCAAAGAAGUCCAACUACAUGCGAUCCAACAGUUACCUGGGUGGGGUGUUUCACUUGUACAAAGGUGAUGCCGUUUAUGUGGAAGUGAGCAAUACCUCAAACAUUAUCCGCCACAAACCCUUUGAGAACAUCUUUGGUGCAUAUAUGAUAUAAGUAUCACACUGAGAUUGAAGACUGGAGUUGGAGAAAGUAAAAGUGGCCUAAAAAAUGUCAUACAAUUUCCUCAACGAUUACCGACAGGCAGCAGAUCAGUUAUUGUUAAUUAAGUUUAAGACUGUGCUGAUGGCUUUUUCAACUGAAUUCAAUUUUCAUAUCAGGGACUUUGUAUAUGCUUACUUUCAACUUAAUCACUGAAUGUUACAAAAUGACUUCUAAUACAUUUUUCCGUCUUCUUGUUGCUGAGUACACAUAUGCCAUGUUCAUGCUGAAAAUUAACCUUAAACUGUCACCUUUAUUUUUUUCUUUUCAUCUUUGUGGUGCACAUACUGCACACUAUUUAUUUGUUCGUCCAUUGCUAGAAUGAAUUAUAAGUUGUUCCAAUUCUAAUGUAUUUAUGUACAAUAUUAAA